AUGCCGGAUCUAAGCAACUUCUCUUUCCAGCAAGAAGUCGACAAGCGGCGGAGACUAUCCCUGUUCCCUGGCGUGAAUGGUGGACCUAGAGCUCGAUCCAUCCGUCGAACAAGGACACCUUCGCCCAAGUCGACCGAAAACCGUUCGAGAGGCUACUCGAUAUUCAGAUACUCUCUCAAGGGCAAUAUGGUAUCUCUUGACGACCCUUUGGAGGAUGCACACUUAGUGCAGGUGAUUCGACAGUGCAUGCUGUCGUCCACCGACACCGAGUAUUUCGAUCUUUUAAUCCCAGCCAUCAAAGAUGCAUGCGUUCAGCAGCGAGAAGAUGGCCUCAUGAUGGCACUUGAACGAUUUGCUGAAGAUAAGGAAGCAGAAAUUGAGCAAAUGUGCAAUGAAAACCAUCAACCUUUCGUUCAAUCCGUUGAGCAGGUCUUGAAAGUCCGAGAGGAGUCUAUGAAAUACACCUCUGAGAUUUUAAAGCUAAACCAGACGAUUCAAAAGUCUACUGAAAGUUUAGCAGCUAAAAAGAAGGCUUUGGUAGAUUCAAGGGGCACUAGGCAGAACAUUGACGAGGCGAUGCAAGCUCUUCAUAGCUCGCUGGAAGUCCUCGCCGCAGCCAACCGAGUUCAUGAACUUCUCAGCGAAAAGAAGCACUACACGGCUCUUCGCACACUUGACGAACUUCACAAUAUUCAUCUAAAGGAAGUGAUGCACUUCGAAGUCGCAAAGAUCAUUCAAUCAUCUGUCCCAGCAAUGAAAACAAUGAUCAAGGAAGCUGUCAUGACAGACUUGAAUCACUGGCUAUACCAAAUCCGUGAAACCUCAAAGCUCCUAGGUCAGGUAGCUUUUGAUCAAACAGAACUCCGACGAGAACGCCAAAAAGAAAGAGCGGAGAAAUCUCAGUAUUUCGAACUCUUUAAAUUGAACUCGGCCGUCGAGCUCGUCCUGGAUGAGAGAGAAGAAUUCGACGUACUGAAUAACGAGAACGUGAUGAUCGACUUCACUCCUCUCCACGAAUGCAUCCAUAUUCAUGAAGCAUUAGAGCUUAGAGACGACUUCCGCUUAGAGUACAGUGAUGUCCGAAGACAGCAAAAGGAGCUUCUCCUCCCGGUGUCUGUUUCCUUCAGGGAGGAUGAUAUCUCGGGGCUCGCUCAAGUUUUAGAAGAAAUAGCGGGGUUCGCUAUCAUUGAGCGAGCUACGAUGAGACGGACGCAAAACUUCCGAUCAGCUUCUGACGUGGAAGAGCUCUGGACGUCCAUGUGCUCAAAGACUAUUAAGAUUAUCACACCGGCGAUGCAAGAAGUCAACAAUUCCGACACUAUUCUCAAAAUUAAAGCAAUUCUCUCAUUAUUCAUUCAAACAAUGGACACCUGGAGCUAUAAUGUAGAUAUUCUUGAUGCAUUCUUGUUGAAACUCUUUGAGAGAUACUCGGAGCUCUUGAAGAAGCAAUUCUCCAAGGACUUUGUCGAGAUUGUGCAAAGCGACGAUUACAUGCCUAUGGCCAUUACCGAUGCUGAGGAAUACGCAAAAGUAAUCAGCGUGAGCUGGUUCAAGGAUGACAAGGACGCAGAAGAAAUCCAGUACCCCACGGUCCUCCCGUUUUCUCAGAUGUACCCAUUGUGCUGCAUUGACCUACGCAGUUUCCUGAACAAGUACUAUUUCUUUUCCCGGGAGUAUUUCCACCAUCCCCAUACGAUCGACGAGACACUCAGAGUGUCUCUUGAUGAAAUGUUAAUGGAACAAGUGUGCAAGUCGCUCCAUGAAAGAUUGACGUCCAAGUACCUCGGACAGAUUGUCCAGAUCUUGAUCAAUCUAGAACACUUUGAGACUGCCUGCUCGGAACUGCAAAUCCUAUUGAGGGACGUAAGUGCGUCAGCCCAUGCUGGGCCAGUCCAACUCGAAGCACUAGAAAUGUUCCGAAACGAGAAAAAGACGGCCGAGAAGAGGAUUUUCGAGUUGGUGAACUCCAAGCUGGAUGAUUUGCUUGAAGGCGCCGAGUAUGACUGGAUGCCAAAUACAGCAGAAGAAACAGCUAGCCCAUAUCUACUGGCCAUGACUAGGUUCCUUACAGAUAUCAUGGAGACCACUCUCCUCGGGCUCCCCAAUGAUAUCAAAGGAUUCGUCUACUUUGACGCCUUGAGCCACCUCGCCUCCGAGAUCCUUAAACUGCCACUCUCCGAACACGUUCGGAUGAUCAAUAAGAACGCUGUCAAAAACAUGGACCAAGACGUAGCCUAUCUCGAGGAGUUUGUCAAAUCCUUGGAAAGCGAGGGGUCCAACCUGCCUAGGAUUUUCGAAGAGCUGCGUGAGACAGUCAACCUGCUAAAGAGCGAUAAUCCGGAAGAGUUUUACGACAUUAGCGUCAGAAUGAAACACUACACCAAGGUUGAUCCGUUGAACGGGCCGCUUCUUAUGGAGAAGUUACGGUUAGCGGAAGAACACCAAAAAAUGCCCGUCCCUGAAGUUCAAGAAGCUCCAAGGGGCCUGCUAUCCGGUGGUUUCUCGAGGUUUAGAGGCAACUAA